UGUUUGAGCAAGCGCUGUCGUGUUCGGCAUCAAAACGUAAACAAUCCCAAGCGCACCGGCAUCAUCACCGCAAAAACAAGCUCCCACCGCCAAACGGACAGUAUUCAGCAAGUAGGUUUGCUACCUUCUCCCCUUUCUUUUCACCCUCCCGUACAGUGUAAAAGCCGGCAAAGUGGCGGACGUACCGAAAAUGAAGUUGAUCGACUCCGUCGUACGGAGCUUCAAGGUGGCGAAGGUGUUCCGCGAGAACACCGACAAAAUCAACGCCAUCGACUUCUCCGCGAACGGGGAGAUGCUGAUCUCGUGCAGCGAGGACGACCAGAUCGUGCUGUACGACUGCGAAAAGGGUACGCAGAUCCGGACGGUCAACUCGAAAAAGUACGGCGUGGAUCUGAUACACUUCACACACGCGAACAACACCGCGAUACAUAGCUCGACCAAGGUGGACGAUACGAUCCGGUACCUGAGCUUGCACGACAAUAAGUAUCUGCGGUACUUCCCCGGCCACACGAAGAAGGUCAUUUCGCUCAACAUCUCCCCGGUGGAGGAUACGUUCCUGUCCGGGUCGCUCGAUAAGACGCUUCGGCUGUGGGAUCUCCGCUCGCCCAAUUGUCAGGGUGUGAUGCAGCUGAACGGCCGACCGGUAGCGGCGUACGAUCCGGAGGGGUUGAUCUUUGCCGCCGGCGUCAACUCGGAAAGCAUAAAGCUGUACGAUUUGCGCUCGUUCGACAAGGGUCCGUUUGUGACGUUUAAGCUAAAUCAGGAGAAGGAAUGUGACUGGACGGGGCUCAAGUUUUCCCGGGACGGUAAAACUAUUCUGAUUAGUACGAACGGAUCAAUCAUUCGGUUAAUUGACGCGUUCCAUGGGACGCCGCUGCAAACAUUUACGGGACAUCUCAACAACAAGGGAAUUCCCAUCGAAGCAUCGUUUAGCCCCGAUUCGCAGUUCAUCUUUUCCGGCAGUACGGACGGCCGGGUGCACGUGUGGAACGCGGACACGGGGUACAAAAUUUGCGUCCUAAAUGGUGACCAUCCCGGCCCGGUACAGUGUGUGCAGUUCAAUCCGAAGUUUAUGAUGCUUGCGUCUGCCUGCACCAACAUGGCAUUCUGGCUGCCGACGGGCGAGGAAUAAUUCGGGAUAUUGCUUUUUUUUUUUAAAGGGGAUUCUAUUAAGAGAGUGUAGUUGUAGAAACAUCUUGUCAACAAAACAACCUCAAACCAGGACACUGCUAGCGAUAGCUUUUUUGGACCGAAACGAUACAGCAGUUUACGAAAGCGGCCGCAACUAUCGUACGACUCGUGUGUAUCAUCUACGAAACACUACGCAAUAGCUUCUAAUAUUGAAGAAAGUAUGUUUAAGAAUCAAAAUAAAAAGCAUAAAACAUAAUUUUGAGAUUGUCUUUU